AUGGCAAACGAUACCUUACUCACAGAUGACUAUGUGGCGGGCUUGUUGGCAAAGGAAGCCAGCGAUGCCUCCAUCAAAUACUCGUCAGUCGGUCUCGAAGCUUUCCGAUCUUCCAAACCACCCAUGCUGACCGUACGCCCAACGACCAGGCCGGCGAACAAGGCGAAGCCCAAUACCAAUUUUCUCGGGCGCAUAAUAAAGGAGACUGCGAAUCACAACAAGGCCCUCCUUGCAAAGGAAGCCGCUGAAGCCCAAGCCCGGCUCAACCACCAUACCGCGGUCGAAGAGAGGAAGCGACAGCGACUCAACCCCACCAAGUCUGACAUUCGGCGCCGCCAACUUGGGGCUAUAUCUUCCAUUUUGCAGGGUCGCAAAGGAGGCGAGAGUAGCCAUACCAAAAGCGAUCGAGACAGCACCAAGGAAAGGAAGAGUGACAGAAAAGACCGCCACUCGGCCUCAACCAAGACUGAGCCUUCCCAGAGUCGCGAGUCCAAGCAUGGCGACGAGAAAGAUCUCGAACGGUCCCACCGAAGGGUUGACGACGACACAAAGCGCUCACAUCACCGACGGCACGAAAGGUCACGGUCCCGCUCUCCUGGGCACAGAGAACGCAGAGAGCGACGACACCGGGAUCGCUCCCCCCUCAGCAGCGAGCCGGAGGACAGCCAUCGCCAUCACUCCAGGCCGCAUGGAAGGAGGUCAGGGAAGGACGGUAGAGACCGUGGCUCUCAUUCACAUAGGCGACACGAACAUGACGAGCGUGACGAGAAAGAUCAAUCACGGUCCAGUCGGCAUUCCAGGCCGCAUCGCCAUGUGGACGAAGAGGACUCCGAUCCCCUGGACGAGCUGAUAGGCCCAGCACCUCCCUCUCAAACGUCGGAGCCGCCAGUUCGUGUCCGAGGAAGAGGCGCCGGUGCUCCUAGAAGGGGCGCCGCGGCGAUGGAUAGCCGGUUUGCGGAGGACUACGAUCCGAAGAACGAUGUGCCGCUGGAUGACAUCCUUAAGCAGGACACGUCCAGCAGCAACACCUGGGACUCGGCUGUGGAGUUGUUCCGGGACAGGCAGAAGUGGAAGCAACAGGGUGCUGACAGACUGCGGGCUGCCGGGUUCACAGAGGAACAGAUCAAAAAGUGGGAAAGGGGUGGCAAGGAAAGUGAAAAGGAUAUGUUUGACUCGGUCAAGUACACCAAGAAGGGUGAGCAGAGGGAAUGGGAUAGGGGGAAGAGCCACAGCAAUUCGGAUAUGGAUUUGGAGUAA